CUGGGCGCCAGUUCUUUCCGUUUCCGACGUGCGCUGUCUGUGCAGCCGGUGUAUGUGCGGCAAUAACAUGUCUGCUCCGCUUUCCGCCAUCGUGCCCGCCGCCCCGAAGGCCACCGCAGCGGUGAUUUUCCUUCAUGGACUGGGAGAUACAGGGCACGGAUGGGCAGAAGCCUUUGCAGGUAUCAGAAGUUCACACAUCAAAUAUAUCUGCCCACAUGCACCAGUUAUGCCAGUAACAUUAAAUAUGAACAUGGCUAUGCCUGCUUGGUUUGAUAUUAUUGGGCUUUCACCAGAGUCACGGGAGGAUGAACCUGGAAUUAAACAGGCAGCAGAAAAUGUAAAAGCCUUGAUAGAGCAAGAGGUGAAGAAUGGCAUUCCUUCAAACAGAAUUAUUUUGGGAGGAUUUUCUCAGGGAGGAGCUUUAUCUUUAUACACUGCUCUUACCACACAGCAGAAACUGGCAGGUGUCACUGCCCUCAGUUGCUGGCUUCCACUGCGGGACUCAUUUCCACAGGGUCCUAUCAAUGGUGUUAAUAGAGAUAUUUCCAUUCUUCAGUGCCAUGGAAAUUGCGACCCUUUAGUUCCCCUAAUGUUUGGUUCUCUUACUGUCGAAAAGCUAAAAACAUUGGUAAAUCCAGCCAAUGUAACCUUCAAAACCUAUGAAGGCAUGAUGCACAGUUCAUGUCAACAGGAAAUGAUGGAUAUCAAGCAAUUCAUUGAUAAACUCCUACCUCCAGUUGAUUGAUAUCACUAAGGGGCCUUGUGUAGAAGUACACACCAGCAUCACUGUAGUAUAAACCUUUUCUCGUGUCCGAUCUUGGAACUUGUAAUGUUCGCAGUGUUAAAAUGUUUGCAAAUACACCACCAGAGACACAGACUGAAUACUGUCUCCUUGUGGGAAAUUUAUGGUCUUUUAAGUUUCUAUUCAUGUAUUUGUAUAAUAUGAUCCAGAAUAUACUAGUAUUAAAAUAGGUGAAGCAGCCACCGCCACUUUCUUUUUCCCAAAUGUAAUUCAGCAAAAUAAAAAAAUUACAACCAGAUGUUUUAUUACUUCAUUUGAAAAUUAUUGGUAUGCCUAAUGAAAAUGUGUUCAGAUAUAAAUGAGCAGUUAAGAUAAACAAUUUAUGAAUGCUGUGACUUAGUCUAUGGACUUAUUCCAAAAUUACUCGGUCACCACGCAGUAUCUGUAUUUUUAUAUGUGUAUUCAUAUAUGCUUAAUGAUUAUAAUAUAUAAGAAUAAGGUGUUAUGACAUUAUUCCUAAUAAUAGGGAUAAUUCUCCUACAUGUCAAUAAAGAGUAAGAUUGCUCUCUUCAAUUAAUGGCCCUUUUAUUUUGGGGAUCGGCGUUUUCUUCCCGUUAUAACUUUUUAAUAUAAUUCUUUUUUCCUCUCUAGAAAAGAAAUAUGUUUUUUCUUCCUUUUUAUCCUUCAUACCAGACCAAAUAUUGCCUCCUUGCCAUAGACAUAUGCUGUCAACACAUACUGUAAUUUGACAUUCUGAAUCACAGACAUAGUAUUUAAAAUGUAUUAAACUUAAAUAAAAAAACCAAACAUCACUUCAAACUUCCUACACUAAUUUCUUAAACUAUACCUUAGUCCAGAGUUAGACCUAUAUAGUUACUAGAAUCUUCAGUCUAGGUAAGGAAUAAUUCUGUGGUUGUGUUUUUUUCUGUAAUUAACUAAAAGAAUAAUUAGGUCAUAUUCUAGUAUGUUCUGGAAUAUUUAAGACUGAUCUUAAACAAUAAUUUCUAAGAUUUGCUCUAUGAUUAUUAUCCUUGUUUUGUACCAUUAUAUUUGAAAUCAACUACUGUAGGAAAUGAACAAUCCAUUAGAAAAAUUUGCUUUACUUUUAUCUGUCAGUGAACAUUGGAAAUAUUCACUUUAGUCAUGAUUUUUUAAAAAUUAGUUUUUGUGCAAAUAUAAAAGUAGCAAUCACUUGAUUUUAAAUAGUCAAAUUUUUUAGAUUAUUGGUAAAAACUAUUUGAAAACAAAUUUAUGGGCUAUAAAGGUCAGGACUCAAUACAUAUAGCGUAGUUACCACCUACUUUAUGUAGCAAAAAUGUAUAGUUGUUAUUUCUGAACUGUUAAUUUUUCUGCUGUAUUCCAACUGACUACAAAAUGUUAGGAAUGCAUCAUUAUAAAUGGGUGCUAAUUGAUAAUGGAAACAAUUUAGUAAUGGACCUAUAUAGACUAUUAAUAAGGAAGCCAUACAUUUAAAAUUUUUAAACAAUCUUUAACAAGUCAUUUUGCUUUACUUUGAUGAUAUAUAAACUUGUUUCAGUUAUACAAAUCAAUAAGAUCUAAUUUAUGGCAAGAGAUAUUCCGUUUAAAUGCUGUGCUGUAAUGUGGGAAAAUGUAAAUCUUUUUCACGGUUUCUAAAUGUGAAAUAAAAUUUAAUUCUGAAUUUGC